AUGCCAGCGAAUUUACUGUUAGAGGAUCUGCAACAGUCUAACGGACAGCUAAUCAAUCUGACAAGGCAUCACGAUGGCGAUCUCUUCUAUACGAGCGGUCUCGGCGGCGCUUGCAAUGCGGACACCUGCAUCGGCCUGUCCAGCGGCACGGCGGCUGUGGUGCGUCUGGCUGGCGAUGGACUGGGUCAGGCCUCGGCCUCAGCCUCGCCCUCGGCCACGCUGGCCAGCGGUCGGCUGGAGCUGCUCACGCGUCGCAUGAAGCUGCAGCGCGACAAUGGCCAGGCUCUGGGCAUGUCCGCUGAGACGGAGGGCUGCAGCUGCCGCUGUUUGCCAUAUUUGCGCGCCUACCGUGAGGAUUUGGGCAUCUGCGUGGAUGACAUACAUGAAUGCUCUCUCUCACCAUUUGUCAGCGGCUCAUCGUCGGAGAAAAUUCCAUUUGUGUUUUUGCCACUGCGCGGCCAAAUCAUUUACCCCAGCAGAGAAAUCAGUUUUCCCAAUAUACUCACGCCUGUGUGUGCGGUUACCGGCGCCCAGUACCUCGGCUCGAAUGGCUGGUCGGAUCUGCGUAACCCCAUUGACACGGACUAUCCAUUUCGGAUGUUUCGCGACGAGGGUCGCAGCUUUCUGCAGUGGCUGGGCGAGACGGAGCUGCGCCAGAAGAUGCAGGGUCGCCUCAUUGUGGUGCAUCUUGUCUGCCGCGACAUGACUGUGGCCCUCAAUGCCAGCCUGAAAGGUGAGUCUCUGAUGCCGCCCAAGAAUGUGCAUUCGCCGUGCGUGGCCUUCCGGGUCAAUGGCAGUCCUGUCAAGUACACACACAAUGUGCCGGAGGUGUUCUUUCAGCCAGCGAACUCGACGACUCUGGCCUCCACCUCGGAUGGCAUGAGCAUGCGAGAGUAUGUGGUCAUCGGCAUCUGCAGCCUGCUGCUGGGCCUCAUCUAUGUGGCCUCCGUGUUUCUCUAUCUGUACAUGAAGAAGCGCAAGAGUCGCGGGCGCCAUAACUCGCGUCACUCGCUGGACAAUCUGGGCAAUGAGAUCAACUAUCCGAAGAACGACCAGGUCACCUAUGGUGCGCCCUUUAGCCGGGUGGGCAGCGUCUAUUCGGCGAACAGCAUGGGUCUGGGCCACGGCAGCGGCAACGAGGCGGGCACGCGAGCCAGCAUGGCCAGCCUCAAGGAUGACCUGGGCAUUGUGAAGAACAAUCCGCUGCUGCAGCACUUUCCGCAGCUGGGCGAGCGGGAGCACAACUCUGGCUUUGCCAGCGACAUCUCGAACUCGAACUCCGAGUGCGAGAUGGAGGAGAAGAUCAAGAGCUCGGUUUCGGUUCUGGUGCAUCCACAGCUGAACAUGGCCAACAACAACAAGUCACCCAAACCGGGUCACAGCCACAGCGCGGAGAAUUCCUCAUUGGAGGCGGAUGAUUUUCGGCAGGACAACGAGUGCCUGCCCACGGAGAAUGUGGCCGUCAUUGAGGAUCUGAUGAGCGAGGAGAAAAUGGAGAAUCUGCGCGCCAUGGUCAACGGCAAUGUCCGCAAGAAGCUCUACUUUAAUCCAGCCUACUUUGAGCCACAUCUGCUGGCGGAGCCGCCACAAGCUGCCAUUGAGUUUCUUCAAAAGAUUCGUGAGGUGAUUGCCAUUGCCAAGUACAAAAUGGCCGCCAAGCGUUACCAGCCAUCGCUCAACAUUAUCCACGAGGAGGCCAGCCUGGACUCCGGUGCGACCAGCUCGGCCAGAUACAAUGUGCCGCUGCAGCAGAAUCUGCAGGCAAAGAGUCUGGGCGACAAGCGCAACAGCAUCGAGCAGUGGCUGCAGAGUGUGCCCAACUCGGAGCCGACAGCCGAGCAGAAGAAAAAGAGCAACGGUUCACCCAGCAAAGGCUCCGCGCGCAAGGAGAUCACCGCGCCCAAAGAACGCCCGCCGCCGCCUCCAAUGCAAAAGUCAAGCACUGAGCCGCAGUCCAGGCCGGAGUCCAGCUCCAGCAUGCGUUGCCACGAGGAGGAACAGCAGCAGAGGCUGAACAAAUCCAGUCCAGAACCCGUCAAGCCCAAAACGCCAACCUAUGAGAGUUAUACGGCCUACUCGGCUGUCGUGUCCGCGAAUGUGUAUGGCUUUGCGGAGACGGGGGGCGAGAUCUACAACAAUCCAAAGUUCAUGCUGGCCGACUCGCCGGCCGGCUCGAUGCGCAGCACCUCGAGCCGAUCCAAGUCGUUGAGGAAACGCGGCGAUGUGCUCGAACAGUUCGCGGCGGCCAACUCGACGCCGACGUCGUUGAACUCGUUCGAUCGACAGCAUUACAAUAUGCUGCGAAACAUGAAGCCCGCGGAGAUCAUCUACGAUUCGCUGAAGCGCGAGUAUGCAGCGCAUAUACCCACGCCGGACUACGACAGCACCAUCGAGAAGAAGAUCAAGGAGAUCUACAGCAGCACCCAGAGCAGCAUACCAUCGGUCCCGACGCCGGACUACAGCUCGCUGAGUCGCAAGUCUCUGAAACAGUUUCAGCCGGAUUCGCCCAUCUACAGGCGCAAAUCGCCACAGUACCUGAUCGUGGACUAUGAGACGGACAGCUUGGAGCGUCUGGAGCCGAGUAAGCGCAAGAGUUCGCAUUCCUCCAGCUCGCCCUCGUCCGAUGUCAGCUCACAGCUGAGCCCCAGCCUGAGCACGGCCCUGCCGCUGGAGGAGGAGCUGGAGAUCAGUCACACAGUGUACGAUCGGGUCAAUGGAUUUCGCAAGGAGGGCGACCUAAAGAAGCGUCUGCUCGCCGGCAAACAUGGCCAGCAGAGCCAGGCGCAGCGGCACAAGGAGGCCGCGGCACGCAUCAAAUACGACACGCCCUUUCGCGGCAGCAUGACCAUUGAGGUGGAGCACGAACCGCCCUCCGACAUGGAGCGCACCGAUAGCGAUCAGUUCGAGCCGGACACCCUGGAUCGCAAGCCCAAGAAGCAGAGCUUCUGUGACAUCAAUGCCUGGGACAAACACGGACGCCAGAGCAGCACCGAGGACUACAAUCAGAUCAACUCGCUACCCGAUCUCAGCCGCCAGAUCGGCACGCCGGACAGCAGCCAGCUGGCCAAUGGUAAGCCACGCACUGCCUCCUUUAUUCUGCGCUCCAGCAACUCGUUCCGCAAUCUGCGCGAGAUUUACGAAUCGCCGCUGGCCGUCCAGGAGCACUUCAGGAGUGAGGUCCAGCAGCGCGAGGAGCAGGGCCGCAUCCUGACGCUAGAGGCAAAGCAUUCUCGCCGUCAGCGCGGCCUGCAAGGCUCGCCCACGCUCUCCGUGGUGGAUGUGGCCAGAGACAGGACUACCAUAACCAUAUCCUCGCCCAAGCCUGCAGAGAAACAGCCGUCGGCCCAGCCGCAAUCGCCGUCACGCCCCAAGCUGAAUCAACAUUAUUGCGCCCCGCUGCUGCAUAACAAACGUCCGCUGCCGCCGGCGCCGCCGCCCGAAGCUGGCCCGAGCUGCUGCCACAGCGAGCGGCAGGAGGAGGAUGCCUACAGCCUGCACAGCGAGAUAACCGAGCUGACCGGCGUCUCGGAUACCCUGGCCAACUCGGAGUUUGAGAAUUCAUGCAACAAUACCAUGUCCAGCGUCAUUUCGGCCAUGACGGAGCCCAAGCCCCCAAAGGGUUUGGAGCAGAAGGCGCAGCUGGACAUGGACUACGACGGUAUCUACGGCAAAAAGAUGAAUAGCUUGCGCAAUGAUUACAGCCUCAACAAGUAUCUAAAUCGGCGCAAGUCCCAGAAGGAUAAGCGAGACGAGAAUGAGCAUGAGAAUGAGCACGAGCUCAAGGAUGCAGCGGACCUAGAGUCCAGCAACAACAUUAACAACAACAACAAUUCGAAGAAUCUUAAGGAUGUGGAUCUGAAUCAGUUUGAUGCGCUGUCGAUUAGCUCACGUUCGAACCGCAGCAGCAGCCAUCUCUCGGAGCGCACCAAGGAGCUCUAUCGGAAUGCGGGCGUUCCCGUGGGCAUCGCCUAUCCACAACGCGCUACCAACAGCAGCAGCAGCAGCAACAAUCCCAGCUCCAAUGCGAACGUGAGUGUCAAUGUCCAGACCGUUUAUCGCUGUGAGAUUGAGCCGGCACAGCUGACGGCUGGCAUGCAGAUAGCCAUCGGGCUAAAGGAUCGCGCCAAGAAGGCCAAGGAUCUGAAGAAUGCGUGGCGCAAAUUUGUCCACAUGGCAGCCAACAAAUUCAGCCCCAGCCAGAGUCCGGCGCCCAGCUAUGGCACCAAGAGCUCGACGGGUGGCUUUCUGGAGGCGCUCGAGCGCGACGAUGGCAUUGCCUCCAUCAUUGAGGAGGCGGCGGCGGCGGCAGCGGUUGCGGCACAGCCGGGCUCGGCGACGGGACAGGUGGGAAGCCAGAACUACUACGAGCAGCGCUUUGGACAGCUGGACAGCGGCUACAUGAGCACCGACUCCACGGAGCUGUACAAGCGCAAUGUCUACGAUCGCUACAACUUCAAAAUGUUGAGCGGACGCGGCGGCGGCGGCGGCCAGAUCAUACGUGUCGACACCAUCGAAGAUAACGAAGAAGAGAGCACCAGUCCAGGCCGCUUUGAGGAUCUCGAGCACAUGGUCUCGCCCGGCAGCAGAGUAGCGGCGGCGGCGCCCAAUGCCAGCGAGGACUUAAGCGAUGCCGAGUCGGACAAAACGCUUACGCGCUCCCAAUCGAAUGUGGCACGCGGCGGCGGCGGCAGCAGCAGCACCACGAUGUCAUCCUAUUCCUCGGAGGAUGAGCAGCGGCGCGGGCACAGCACCUGCUGCGGCUCAUCGGAUGAGGAGACCAAUGCCGAGGACAUGUGCGAAUCGGGCGCGGAGAGCAUCGAAACGCACUCGGUGCUCUACAAGAUGAUUCGCAAAAGUUAG